AACAAAGGAAGUGCAGAGGUGUUCAAGAAAUCAGCAAAUUAUACAGUAAAGUAUCCAUGCAUGCCAUGUAACUUUCAAAUAUGGCCUGUCAGAAUCGACUAGUCUUCCGCAAAAAUUGGUGCCUUUGGUUGGCAUUCUCUGUGGUUGUUUGCUGUCUGAUGCUGUACGGACUAGACCAGAUGUUUGAAAACAGGGCUCAGCAGCGAUGGGAACGUUAUUCAUACCAAGCGAUGAACAGGCUGUUGGCAGAGGGCCAAGAAGUAGAUGACAAGGUUGCUGCUUUGAAACAGCUGGAGUCCAAAGUUUUGAAUUGCACUGCUGCAUCUCCUUCCGCAGUGAGGGAUCGUAUUCAGCACGUGUCACUGGAGAGACAGUUGAACAGCACAAAGUGUCAAGGUUUUGAGGACUUUGAAGAAGUCCUCAUACUUACUCCAGCAAGACAGAUGGGCUCAGUUGUGAAAAGGUAUUUCAGAAAUCUGCUUAGUUUCCAGUAUCCCCUCUGUCGGAUCCGAGUCGCCAUCGGUGUCAAUCAAGAUGAUGAUUCAACUUUUAAUCUGAUUCAGACCUAUGCGGCUUCCUUAGCCAGUAAUUUCAGUAGAAUUGACAUUUAUAGACUGAGCUUGAAAAAUGACGACUUUGACAUCGGUGGCAUGGACCGCCACUUGAAACACAUCCAAUUACAACGUAGAAGCCACAUAGCACAAGUUCGAAAUGCUCUCCUGUUUGCAGCUUUACAGUCUGAAGGAUGGGUUUUAUGGAUUGACAGUGAUGUAAGAGAAAUGCCUCCAGAAGUGUUAGAUAAACUUGUAGGGAGUGGUAAAGAGAUUGUUGUCCCCAGCUGCAUGUAUCGCAAAUCUCCUAAGCAACUUGAUGUCUAUGACAAAAACACCUGGCGAGAAACUAAUUCCUCUCGUCAAUUGCAAAAGCUCUUGCGGGAUAAAGAUUUGCUUGUUGAAGGUUACAGCCAAUCAAAACGGAUAUAUCUGAAUGACAUCCAAUCAGAAGGCCCGGUAGUGGAGUUGGAUGGUGUCGGUGGCUGUUGUCUAUUGGUCAGAGCAGAUGUCCACAGAAAAGGUGUCAUUUUCCCACCAUACGUGUUCAGGAACCACAUUGAUACUGAGGGGUUUGCACAAGCGGCCAAAGCUAUGGGAUAUAAGCUGUACGGUAUGCCAUUUGUACAAGUUAUUCACUGAAAAUAUACAUGACUGAAGUUGCCUGUUUGGUUUUUAUCGAGAGAUAAGAAUACUUUCUAUGUAGUAGAAAUGUAAAAUUUAUAUGAGAAGAGUUAGGGAAUAUUUUUACAAUGAAAGCUGCCACAGGCAUAUGUCAUAGCAGCAAGGAACUACUGUUAGACAACAGUUUUGCUGUUUUAACUUUGAUGUUUUGAGAGUAUCAGAAGUGCUAAAUAUCAGAAAUAACUAGAGGGAAAUUAGAAAGUGACUUGCACAACAUACUACAGUUUGUUUCAAUCAACAAAUUGCUGAGUAUGGAUAAGUAAUAUGAUGUUAAGACACAUCUCAUCGCACUGUUUGUGUUUCAAGCAUAAUGCUUACCGAGAAUGAUUGCUUCCAUUGAAAAUGGUGUGUUUAGUGGAAGCUUGUCCAUAUAUAUCAUGUCAUAUAAUGUUCAUAUGUGCUAACCUGUCCAUUUGUUACACAAUGUGGUUUUAGUAUGUUCUUUAUACUACAUGUAUCAGAGUGUGUUAAAUGGUUGGCCUAGAUCUACAUCUAUCAAAUUCCUAAGGAACAUUUUCACAUUUCUAUGACAAUUUUAAUGGUAAAUACAUGGAUGGUAUUUUAAUAAAAAGCAUGUCUUGCUGCAUUAUAUUUUAUUAAUCUUUACACUGUUAAACAUGUAGGAGUAUGCCAGAUUUUGGAAUGUACAGAUUUGCCUUUUAGUUGUUGUUACAGUUAAAGAAUAAUUUCGUUGGUAGCUAAGAGGUACUAGUACAUGUACUAUUAAUGUAGCGUAUAUUUAUAGCUAGUUUUGGUUUCUUUACAUAUAUUUACGCUUAUGUAUGGGUUUAAUUUUACAACAAGGAAGUACGUGUAUUUUUUAUGUACCUUUAUAAAUGGUUAUUUUCAUGAUUGACUGUUACUGUUUAUUUAGGACCGUGCCCACAUUCUAUUGUGAUAUGAAACAUAUCUUUUGUUUUUGUAACAAGUUUGUAAUUUACAAAGACCAAUGUGCUGUAUAUUAAUAAAUGUUAUAUGUUUAUAAUCAGA